AUGUUCUUUUUGUUAUUCUAGAUCAAUAAUAAAGCUGCAACUGGAGAGGAGGUUCCCCGUACCAUUAUUGUAACCACCCGUUCCCAGUACGGGCUACCAGAAGAUGCCAUUGUGUACUGUAACUUUAAUCAGUUAUAUAAAAUUGACCCUUCUACCCUGCAGAUGUGGGCAAAUAUUCUGAAACGUGUACCUAAUAGCGUGCUUUGGCUGUUGCGUUUUCCAGCAGUAGGAGAACCCAAUAUUCAACAAUAUGCACAAAAUAUGGGUCUUCCCCAGAAUCGUAUCAUUUUUUCACCUGUGGCUCCGAAAGAGGAGCAUGUCAGAAGAGGUCAGCUGGCUGAUGUCUGUCUGGACACUCCCUUAUGUAAUGGACACACCACAGGAAUGGAUGUUCUCUGGGCAGGAACACCCAUGGUGACUAUGCCAGGAGAGACUCUCGCCUCUCGAGUUGCGGCUUCUCAGCUCACUUGCCUAGGAUGUCUUGAGCUCAUUGCUAAAAGCAGACAAGAAUAUGAAGACAUAGCUGUGAAACUAGGAACUGAUCUAGAAUACCUGAAGAAAAUUCGUGGCAAAGUCUGGAAACAGAGAAUAUCUAGUCCUCUGUUCAACACCAAACAGUACACAAUGGAAUUAGAGCGGCUCUAUCUGCAGAUGUGGGAGCAUUAUGCAGCCGGCAACAAACCUGACCACAUGAUUAAGCCUGUUGAAGUCACUGAGUCAGCCUGAAUAAAAGACUGCGCACGGGAGAAUUACCCCUAUACCUGAGCCUCAACCUUCUGGGGGAAAGGGAACUAGAUAACAUGCUUUGUACUUAUCUGUACAGUACCUUGUUGCAGAUGGAUGAUAUAUAACGAUAAUAGAAUAGCACAGCCAGACUUGCUUCCUGCAUGAUAGGGAGAUACAAGAGAUAAGAAACUGCUACUCCACAAGGAAUCUCUGUAGAGUUUUGCAGUAAGCAGGUGGUGCAGAGGUCUGGAAGGUCUGGUCUCCCUUGGUCUUCCAUGGGAUGCUUAAUGUGGAGGGAGAUAGAGAUUGACCAGCCAUUUCGUGAUUCCAUGGAUAGAUUGAGUCUUCUGAUCCUUUUUUCCUUUAUAUUUUGGGUAUUGGAGCUUUUAAAAAUGUUUGCUUUCAGGUAUUUUUACUUACGUGAAGUGAUCUUGAUUCUUCUGAGAUAAGGUUUUAAACUAAAAU